AUGUCUAUAAUUGAUUACUCAACAAACAAAAAUAAUAAUCAAAACUCAAAUCAAGAUUCAUCUAAUAAAUUUACAACUUCGAUAAUGGAAAAAUUUGGAUUUCAUAAAGUUUCAAAUCAUCCAACAUCACCAUCUCAACCUAAAAUAGUACAUAAUAUUUCUAAUCAACCACAUCGUCAAUCAUCACAACAUGGACAACAUUCAUCACCACACCAUAAUUUUAGAAAAACUUUAAUUUGUGCAAAUGCACCAGGAAAUGAUGUUGUAACUGCAAAUUUGGUAGCCGUAAAUUCAAAAGAUUUUGAAGGAGUGCCUAACAAAUCACCAAUUAUACUCGAUGGAGUAUUUGUAUAUUCAAUUGCAAAAGAUGAUAGGAUGGAAUUAGGUACUAUUGGUUUAGCUGGAAAUAUGAGACCUUGGGGUAAAUGGUCAUUAGGACAACAUAUUCAAGUCGAAAAUUAUAAUAUUUUUCAAAAUGGUCAACAACAACAAUAUUUAGGAGCCAUGGAUUUAUCAAUUGAUUUUAGAAUGAAAUCAAGAGGAAAUCAAAAUCCAAUAAAUCAUGAAGAUUUAGUAAAUAGAUUUUUUUCACUAUAUGAAAAUCAAAUAUUGCAACCUACUCAAACUGUUGUUAUGGAAUUUAAUGGAACUUAUUUUACAGUUAAAGUUGAUCAAGUACAAAUUAUAGAUGUAAAUACAAAAGAUAAUUUACCAAGUUUUAAAGAUUCACAAGAUAUAGAAACAAAAGGUAUACUUAUAAAAUCUACAGAUUUACAAUUUUAUCCAGCAGCUGAAUCAAUUAUAAAUAUAACAAAUAAACAACUGUUAAAAUCAAAAAUUUUUGGUGGUAAUAAUUCUUCACAUAGACAUCCUAGAAAAAAACAAAUUAUAAAUCCAGAUUUCAAAUUGGAAGAUUUGGGAAUUGGUGGGUUAGAUUCUGAAUUUCAAGAUAUUUUUAGAAGAGCAUUUAAUUCAAGAAUAUUACCAGUUGAAAUUGCUCAAAAAUUGGAUUAUAAACAUUGUAAAGGUUUAUUAUUAUAUGGUCCUCCAGGUACUGGUAAAACCCUUAUUGCAAGAAAAUUAUCAAAGAUGCUUAAUGGUAAAGAACCAAAAAUUGUAAAUGGUCCAGAAAUGUUAUCAAAAUAUGUUGGUGCAAGUGAGGAAAAUAUUCGUAAUUUGUUUAAAGAUGCUGAGGCAGAAUAUAAGUUGAAAGGUGAAGAUUCAGAUUUACAUGUAAUUAUUUUUGAUGAAUUAGAUUCUGUUUUCAAACAAAGAGGUUCUGGUAAAUCAGAUGGUACUGGUGUUGGUGAUAAUGUAGUUAAUCAAUUAUUAUCAAAAAUGGAUGGUGUUGAUCAAUUGAACAAUAUUUUAGUCAUUGGUAUGACUAAUAGAUUAGAUUUAAUUGAUACAGCAUUAUUAAGACCAGGGAGAUUUGAAAUUCAAAUUGAAAUUGCUUUGCCUGAUGAAAAAGGUAGAAAAGAUAUUUUUUUAAUUCAUACAAAGAAAUUGUCAGAAAAUAAUUUAUUAACUUCAGAUGUUAAUUUUGAAGAAUUGGCUGUUUUAACUAAAAAUUUUACUGGUGCUGAAAUUGAAGGUUUAUGUAAUUCUGCAAAAUCUUAUGCUAUUUCAAGACAUACAAAAAAAGGAUCAUUAGCUCAAAUUGAUUCAGAAUCAAUCUCGAAUAUGAAAAUUACAAGAAAUGAUUUCUUAUUAGCUUUAAAUGACAUUCGUCCUGCAUUUGGUACUGAUGAAGAAGAUAUAGGAGGAUUAGCAAAACAUGGUAUAAUUCAAUUUAAUUCGCAUAUUUCAAAAAUUUUUGAAAAAGGUCAAUCGAUAAUUGAUGUAGUUCGAUCAAGUGAAUCUGAAACUUUAAGAUCUAUAUUACUUUAUGGUCCACCAGGUGUUGGUAAAUCUGCAAUUGCAACUACUUUAGCUUUAAAUUCAGAUUUCCCAUUUAUAAAGAUGUUAUCAGCUGAAUCAUUAGUUGGAAUGAAUGAGACUAGAAAAAUCCAAGAAAUUGAUAAUAUUUUUAGAGAUGUUCAUAAAUCACCAUUAAAUAUAUUGGUAAUUGAUAAAAUUGAAACUAUUAUAAAUUAUAAUCCAAUUGGUCCUAGAUUUUCAAAUGACAUUUUACAAGUUUUACAAGUUUAUCUAACUAAAAAGCCACCAAAGAAUAGAAGAUUAUUAAUUAUUGCAACUACGUCACAAUAUGGAGUUUUUAGAAAUAUGAAUCUUUUAGAUGCUUUUAAUGAUGUUAUCGCAGUUCCACCAAUUAGAAAAAUUGAAGAGAUUGCCAAAGUAUUGGAUAAAUUAGGAUUUAUGACUCCAAAUGAUAGAAGUGAAAUUUGUAAUCAAUUAAAAGAUUUUGAUAUAAAUAUUGGUGUAAAAUCUUUAAUUGAUGUAUUAAUGGUUGGUAAAUAUUCAAAAGAUUCAAUUAAUGAGGUUGUUAAUAAUAUUGUUGAGAAAUUAAACGGUUGA